AUGGCGGCAGCGGCGCCGUGGCCGUGGCAGGGGCUGUGGCCGGCGCUGUGGGCGGUGGUGGCGGCCCUGCUGCUCCUGCUGCUCUGGCGGCGGCGGCGGCGGGCGGGCGGCGCGGGCCGGGUGUGCGUGGCCGUGCUGGGGGACCUGGGCCGCAGCCCGCGGAUGCAGUACCACGCCUUGGCGCUGGCCCGCCACGGGCGGGAGGUCGCGCUGCUGGGCUACCUCCAGAGCCGGCCGCACCGGGACGUGCUGCACUCCGAGAACAUCCGGCUGGUGCCCGUGGCGGAGCUGAGCGGGCUGCGAGUGGGGCCAAAGCUUUUGCAGUAUGUCCUGAAGGUGCUCGUGCAGUCAGUGCAGUUACUGUACACGUUGCUGAGGAUAGAGCAGCCAUCCUACAUUCUCCUUCAGAAUCCCCCAGGCUUGCCCAGUAUAGCUGUUGCCUGGGUGGCAGGGCUGUGGUGGGGGAGCAGACUCAUCAUUGAUUGGCACAACUAUGGGUACAGCAUCAUGAGCCUGAGUCACGGGAGGAGCCACCCACUGGUCCUGCUUGCAAAAUGGUAUGAAAAGCUUUUUGGGCGCUUGUCUGACUAUAACCUGUGUGUCACUGAUGCCAUGAGGAAAGAUCUCUGGGUGAAUUUCAAGAUCAAGGCUGUAACAUUGUAUGACAGACCAGCAUCUUACUUUAAGGAAACACCAUUAGACCUCCAACACAACUUGUUCAUGAAACUUGCCAGGGACUACGAGCCCUUCAGAGCACGUCAAGUUGAGCUUCAAUCUGAAGCCAAAUGUGUGGGAGUGGGUGCCAGAUCGGCCUUCACCCAGAGGGACGGCAGCAGUGGCAGCGUGCUCGGGGCCCGGGGCCGGCCCGCCCUUCUCAUCAGCAGCACCAGCUGGACAGAGGAUGAAGACUUCUCAGUCCUUCUAAGAGCUUUAGAAGAUUAUGAGAGGUUUAUUGAGGAGGGAGCUGAGCUUCCAGCUUUGGUGUGUGUGAUAACAGGUAAAGGACCUCUAAAAGAUUACUACAAUGGGCUGAUCCAAAAGCUGCACUUUAAACACAUCCAGAUCUGUACCCCAUGGCUGGAGGCUGAGGAUUACCCUCUUCUGCUUGGCUCAGCAGACCUGGGGGUGUGUCUCCAUAAAUCCUCCAGUGGUUUGGAUUUGCCCAUGAAGGUGGUGGAUAUGUUUGGCUGCUGUUUACCUGUGUGUGCAAUACAUUUUGAAUGUUUACAUGAGCUGGUGAAGCACAAUGAGAACGGGCUGAUAUUCAGGGACUCGCAGGAACUUGCAAAGCAGCUGAAGAUGCUUUUCUUGGAUUUCCCCAGCCUGGAAGGGAAACUUCAGCGCUUCCGAGAGAACCUGCGCGAGUCGCGGCAGCUGCGCUGGGAGCAGAGCUGGGAGCAGACUGUCCUUCCCCUGCUGGGCAGCAGGGAGUGAUGGGGCAGGAGGCUGUCAGACACAUCCCUGCAGCUGCAGGGAUUGGGGAACAGUGAAUAAAGAUUUUGUAUUGUCUGCACUUA